CAUGCAUGAAGUAUACUAAUAAUCAUCAUUUUAAGAUCACAGCUACAACUGUAGCAAUACUCCAAUUAGUGAAAGGUGCAGUGAUACACAAACAAUACAAGAUAAUAUUCCAGUCUCCGUACACUGUGUCUUUUUUAUCGAAAUAAAAGAGAUUGACAUUGGUAACAACUGAGAAAUAAAAAUAGCUAACUAUUGUUUCUAUAUUAGUAAAUAUAAUCUUUAAACUUAUAAAACAACAUUAAAAAAUGGAUACAUUUAAAAAUGCGCUAGAAACAGUUCAACUUAUACCAAUUUUUAAUUACAUAAAUAUCCUAAGUGAUUUUUUAUUUAUUGAAGAAUAUCUUUCCGAAAUAGACCAAAGUAAACAAAUUCCAAUAGUUAAUGCACUUUACAAAUAUUUGGAAGAUCAUGAGAAUAGUAAAAUCAAAAUGGAUCAAUUAAUUAGAAAUUUAUUAGAAGGAAGCGACCUUUACGGAGAAAAGGACAACGAAAUCUUUGAUAUCACUUUUGUUAAUGCAAUGUUUGAAUACAUUAUUAGUUCACUAGUAUUUGAAAAAUAUGGUAAUAUUUAUGGCUUUUUGGCAAAUAUUUUUCAUGAAGUAGAAAAUUUACAAAUAGAAACAGUGUUGUAUAAAAUAAUAAUAAAUCUUGACAGUGCUUCUUUUGAAAAUGAAUAUGGCGAUAGUUCGACGCUAAGUCUUUUGUCAGUGGAGAGAAUAUACAACGACAUAAUAUUACCCCUAUUUCCUCCACAAAAAAAAAAUAUUAAUAUAUUGUCUUACGAUUAUAUAUAUGCGCAAGCUGGUUCAAUGUUUCUCCGAGCAGGAAGAAUAAAUACUACAUACUAUAAUAAUUUUGAAAGCAGUGUUAAAAUUCAGCAAGAGGAACAUUUUUUUGACAAAUGCUUAACAACCGGAUAUGUAAUUGACAAAUUACUUCAAACUGAAGAAUAUCUAAAUUUAAAAAAUUUUCAUUUGUUAAAAGUAUUUGCUCUUCCAGCUCUUACUUAUUAUGUUUUUAAUUCAAAAUAUUUAUUUGACUAUGAAAACAUAGCAAAUAUAAUAUCAGAUACAAAUUUCUGGCAGAUGGCUUAUAUUCAAUUAUUUCAAUAUACAACUAAAGCAUUAAGUGACAUGGAACAUAAGUUAAAGAAUGGUUAUAUAUUGGAAAUGCAUAUGGCACUUUCUAGUUUUCAAAGUAGUGCAGCAAUGGCCAAAAUUUUCAUAGAGCAACAUUGUACAAAUUUGACUCCAAACGAAAGGGUUUUUAUACUUUCAGAUUAUUUAUUUCAUCCUACAACCUUUCAAUGUAAAGAUGGCGAGCCUCUACCUAAUCUAGAAGAAUACACUAAGAGUCAAAUUAAUAAUAUCACCGAAAUAUAUGAAAAACAUGAUUUUCAAUUAGUUCAAGACGCCUUUCCACAAUAUCUAAUACAGCAACUUGAACAAGAAAAUGUUAUUAUAAAAUUACUAGUUCCUGACAAUACAGAAAAACAUGGUAAUUUUUCAGUAUCAGAACUUUUACCAUAUGAUAUUUUGGAAUUUUACUUCACGAAAAACAUUACAUUCAAUUACUAUUAUUUAGAAAGAGAAGAUUACAAUGUAAAAUUAAUUAACGUAACAGAUAAUCCACAUCUUUUUAACGGAAAUAGGAGGUUAAACUUUUCAAAACUCUACAAUAUGUCAACACAUAAAACUUUAAAAACAACUAACAAAAAUUUUAAAGUAUUUUUACAAAACUUAAUAAAAUAUAAAAAAUCACGAUUGGAGACAUAUUUAAAAAUUUUAGACAAUUACGGAGAAAACAAAGAAACACUGAAAAGUGAUUGGUGGAAAGAAUUUGGUUUAUCAUUAGUGCCAUAUUAUCCUUGUUUAUCAAAUAAGUCCAGGGACAAUUGUUCAGCAUUUAAUAUAAAUUAUUUAAAUGACUAUGAACUUACAUUAGGUCCAGUUUUUAGAAAAGUAUUUUUUGAAAUUGCUACUAGUGAAAUAAUAGAUGCAAUUGUACCAAAAAGAAAUGAAUACCAUAACUCAAUAAUAAAUAUAGUAAAUGGAAAUGAGUUGUUUGAGGAUAUUUCUUUUCACAUAAAAGAUCCCUCAUUUCAGUUAACAUAUACAACUAAAAACGAGAUAGAAGUAAUUAAAAAAAUAAUAAAUUCUUUAAAAGAGAAGACUGAUUUCAGUUUUAAUUCAGUCAUAACUUGUCUUUCAAAGAUAUCUAUUUUAAAAUCCACAUUUUUCAAACGCGUUGGUACUAUUGGUUCAAAUAGUACAUAUGUUUACGUAAAUGUUCUAGAUAAUAAAAGUAAUAAUGGUUAUGGUUAUAAAUUUAUUUUUAUUCCUCAUACACAGUUAAAAAUUGCACUGGUGAGAACUGGGUAUGAAUUAAGAGAUGAAAGAAUAUUUUUACAACAGGGGUGGAAAAAAGGAGAAAAUAAAUAUGUUGCUUUAAGUAACGAAACUUUGCAACCUGAACCUGAUCAUAAUAUGUAUGAAAUUAAUAACAAACUUUGGAGGAAACCCACUAAACUUUUGUUUUCUAGAAUACCAGUUUCAGAAGAUGAUUAUGAUCAGCAAUGUUUUGAUGUUAAGUAUUUUAAUAAGUGGAGACAUGCUAAUCGUUGUCGAAGGCAACAACAUUUCGUUGAGAAAUUUGACAUCGAAGAAGAAGCGGUAAAAUUAAUUAACAACAAUACAAAUCUUUCUAAAAAACAAAUAAGAAAUAUGAUUGACAGAUUCACAAUUCCAGAUAAAACAAUUAUGAUACGAUUUAUAGAUGAUGGUCUAAAAAACAAUUCUUUUAAAGAACCUAUUUGGAGUAGAAAUUACAUAAUAGAUUAUCCUGAUCUCUUAAAUGAACUAAGAUACCACUCACAUUUUGAAAGCCAUCAUAUAUCAGAUUAUGAGGGCAAAUUUAGGAUCAAUUCUCUUUACUCUAAAGCAGAACGACGUCAGAUUGAAGAAAAUGCAUCGAUAGGACGUAUAAGUCAAAGUUACAAUGACCAAAGAGGAAGUUUUGCUGUCACAUUUCAUGAUUACUAUGCCAUACGAAAUUUCGCGACAACAGGAUAUACAAGAAUAACAGGAGACACAAAUGAAGCAAAGUUAAUGAAAAUUGCAUUGUAUAAAUUGGCUAUAAGGCAGUCUGACGAUCCAGACGGAGAGUUUGACUUAAAAUUAUUUAGAGUCGAAUCUAAACCAAUAACAAUUCUUAGAAUAAUAUCUUCUAAAGAAUACAUUACUCUGAGAAAAUUUACUCAAACUUCUACAAAUUUUGCAUCUGCUAUAAGAUUUACUGGUUAUCCAACAUUAGGAUGUUUAAACGUUAUUUAUGAAAUGGUAUUUAAUGGAUCAUAUGUAAGGGCAAAAAUUGAACAAUUUUAUAAAGAAAAACAGGAAAAUAUCAUUCUUUUACCAGGAACCCAAUUUAAAGUUGAGAACCAUAGAUUCGUGGAUAUUGGAGGAUUAGGCCAUGUUUUAAAACUGCAACUAACGUAUAUCCAUGAUGAUAAGUAUGUAUGGUAUAAAAAUAUUAUGAAAGAAAUUGCGAAUACCAAAAUUUAAUCUGUUCGUAAUAUUAUGUUCGUAACCCUGCAUUUGUGUUAAUUUUAAAAAUGAAAUAUAUAUAAAAUGAUUUAAUGUAUGAAAAUCUUUUAAUGUGUACUAAACAACUUCUCCUUCUUUUUUGAAAUUUUCAUUUUAAUUAAUUAAAUGCAAUUUAUUUUCUUCAAUGUCAUAAACUACUUUUAAAAACAUAAUCCAAAGAUGUAAAAAAUUACAAAUGUAAAUUUUGUUAAAAAAUAAUUGACGAAAUUUUCUUAGCGCUACAUAUUGAGAAAUUUAACCAAGCACAUAUAAAUUUCUAGAAAUAUCUUUAUUCUUGGAACAGAAGUUUCAUAUUGAACCACACGUGUCUAUUCGUAUGGCAAAAAUAGUGAAAAACGACUAAUAAAAUAAAUAUGGAAUUUA